AUUCGGAGGAUUCAGCGAAGCAGUUGUCGAGGGAUAUAGCUGCCAUAUUGUGCGGUGAUAAAGCUUCAGAUUUGGAUAGUUCUCCUGAUUCAGGACUGACCGAUGACAACAAAUGUCUGGAAAGAGUUUUAGAUAUUCCUUGGUUAUCAAGCAUGACGCACAAUAACAUGUUGCGUCAGAAAGAAAUAUCACGAAAAAGGAAGCAAAAGUGGGUGUUUAAGAGUACCCAAACUAACCGUUUUGAACAGUUAGUUAGAUUGUGCGCACAGAAACUGGGGACAGAUGCUACUAUUCAGGUUUUUGGUAAAUUGGGACGAGAAACUGGUGUGAAAGAAUUCAACGCAUUAAUAGGAAUUUGCAUAGAGAAGGCCAGGAGGACUGAAGAUGAAGAAGUUUCAUUAGAGCAGAUUUUCAAGGCUUAUCAACUGUUUGAUUUAAUGAGGGAACAGGGUUUCCCAAUAGAAGCCGAAACCUACGGCCCAUUUCUUAUUUAUUUAAUUGACAUGGGUUUGGUCGAAGAAUUCCAUCUUUUCUGUGGAGUUAUUAGAGCCGCGAAUCCUAACUCACUUUCAAGGCUGGCAUACUAUGAGAUGCUGCUUUGGAUUAGAGNCUUUUCUGUGGAGUUAUUAGAGCCGCGAAUCCUAACUCACUUUCAAGGCUGGCAUACUAUGAGAUGCUGCUUUGGAUUAGAGUUAAUAAUGAAGAUAAAAUACAAGAGCUCUGUAAUCAAGUUGCGCUUGAUGAUGGCGGAGACAAAUCUGACUUUCAAGAAGUUCUUGCUGGCAUUUAAAACCUGUGAUAUUGGGGCAGAAAAUAUAUCAAUAUUCAUCUACCAUUAUGCCACUAGCAUGCCAAAUUUAUCGGUUGAGGAUGUUAUUUUAAAAUUCAAAAAUAUGCUUGCUGAAUUGGAGGUGACACCUUCAUCCGUUCCAUAUGAGAAGCUUAUUAGGUAUUGCUGUGAUUCGCUGAAGGUACAUGUAGCUCUUGAUCUGGUUGAUCAGAUGUUUGAAGAAGGGUUAACCCUACCAAUAGAGACACUUCAUUCCAUAUUAAGUGCAUGUGAGGAGAGCUGUGAAUAUAAUUUGGUUCGUCAAAUCUAUUCUUUGAUUUGCCGCCAUAACUUGAAACCAACUCAUGAGACCUUCAGGAGCAUGAUAAAUCUGAGUGUGAAGAUGAAAGAUCUUCAUGGUGCAUAUGGCAUGAUCAAUGAUCUGGAGAAAAUGAAUGUGAUGCCUACAGCUAGCAUGUACAAUGCAAUAAUGGCUGGAUAUUUUCGAGAGAAGAACACUUAUGGUGGAUCGAUUGUUCUCAAAGAAAUGGAAGAUGCAGAUGUAAAACCUGAUUGUCAGACUUUCUGCUAUCUUAUUGGCAACUGCAACUGUGAAGAGGAUAUUGUUAAGUAUUAUGAAGAAUUGAAGCAUUCUGGAGUUCAAGUCACGAAGCAUGUUUAUAUGGCACUUAUAAAUGCAUAUGCAGCUUGUGGACAGUUUGAGAAGGCAAAGCAGGUAGGCUUGGAUAAAGGAGUGCCUGUCAAGAGCUUGAAUGAAAUCAAAAGUGUGCUUGUCUCAGCUCUUGCAAUACAUGGGCAAAUGACUGAUGCCCUUAACGUAUAUGAAGAAAUCAAACAAGCUGGAUGCAAUCUGGAGGCAAAAUCCAUAAUAUGUCUUAUUGAGAAUCUUCAAUCUGAAGGGGAGUUGAGUAGAUUGCUUCAGCUACUUGAGGGAUUAACUGAUCUAGACUAUUGGGUUGAUGGCUGUUUUAGAAUUAUUUUAUAUUGCAUCCGUCACAAGAAUUUAAGCCCUGCCAUUGAUUUGCUCAAACAACUCAAGGAUAAACUUGGCAACGACGAAGUAGCAAAUGAAGUUCUUUUUGACGAGGUAUUUUGUCAAAUUGCGGAGACAGAACCUGCAGAUUUGCAGAUUGGACUGGAUUUGCUUAAAGCUAUCAAGGAAGAGCUUGGUGUUCGCCCUUCACGAAAAAGUCUUGACUUUCUCCUUAGUGCUUGUGUUAAUGCCAAGGAUUUACAAAAUUCUUUUGCGAUUUGGAAAGAAUAUCAGACUGCUGGCCUUCCUUACAAUGUCUUAAGUUUUGUGAGGAUGUACCAGGCCCUUUUGGCUUCAGGGGACCGUAAAUCUGCCAGAAAUAUACUAAGUAAGAUACCAAAAGACGAUCCUCAUGUUCGCUGUGUCAUCAAAGCAUGUAAAGCAACUUACAACAGGAAGAAAGACAAGAUAGAAAAGGUGAUGCAGGAGAACAGAGAUGAGUUGAAUCAGUAGAGGUAGGAUGGGGUGGAUGGUGUUCACUCAAAUGUUUUUUUGAGUUGAGUUGGCUUGAGAUUGAUGUCCAAUCAGCAUGCACAAUGUUGUAUACGAAUAUUA